AUGGUUGAUUUUGAACAAGCGCUUUUAGGUGCGAUUGCAGACGUUUUCAAGGACAUCCGAAUAAGAGGCUGCUUUUUUCAUUUUGGACAAUGCAUAUGGAGAAAAAUACAGUGUAUCCCUGAAAUACGAGAAAAAUAUAUUUCAAAUGCUGACUUUGCCUUAAAUGUAAAACAGCUAAUGGCUUUAGCAUUUGUACCGAUACCUGACGUUGAAAAAAAAUUUGACGAGUUAAUGUCCCAAAGUUUUUUUGUAGAAAAUGAAGAACUAUUGUUUCCAUUGACAGACUACUUUGAAGAUACAUGGAUCGGCAGACCAAAUAGACGUAGAACUCGACGCCCACCUACAUUUAGUUUAGCACUGCGGAAUCAAUACGACGUAACACUUGCAGAUUUGCCAAAAACAAACAACUCCGUCGAAGGAUGGCACAGAGCAUUUUCGUCAUUGUUAGGUGCAUCUCAUCCAACAAUAUGGCGAUUAAUAGACGUAAUAAAAAAAGAACAAGGGUUAACGGAAAUAAAAAUCAAUCAAUUAAUAGCAGGGCAAGAACAGACGCGGUGUAAGUACUAUUUGUAA